UUUGACGAAAGGAAAAAUCUUUGGACUAGUGCUCCUCGAUUAUAUUUUUUUGUGUAAAUAAAUUGAUAAAUGUAUAGUAAUAAGUGUUUAGAUGUAAUUUGUGUGAUAUUUUCAUUACUAUAAUGUCAAAUACUUCACUCGAAGGAAAACUAAAAUGUUUGCAAGAACGUUUUGAAAAUGAAUUGCGUAUUCGUAGAGAGGGAGCUAUUCACAACCAAGGUGGACAUGGAGCCUCCAAACCCGGGAGUACACGGAGGCCUAGGCCUCCGCCCAUGUUUACCAGCAGGGAGAUACCUGCGUUCCCACCAAGGUCACCGCAGGCCACUGACACUGAGCACAGAAUGCGAGAGGUGUACAAGGUCAGCGGCAAGCUAAACGUCGAAGGUGUAGAGUACAGAUCUCACAUAGAUGAACUGCAACAGUUGGGGGAGCUCGGCAGCGGCACAUGCGGCCAUGUCGUCAAAAUGUUCCACAAGCCCUCGGGGGCCGUUAUAGCAGUCAAGCAAAUGCGUCGUUCAGGCAACUCAGAGGAGACCAAACGCAUCCUAAUGGACCUGGACGUGGUCGUCCGGUCGCACGAUUGUCCGUACAUAGUGCGGUGUCUCGGGUGCUUCGUAACGGACGCAGAUGUGUGGAUCUGUAUGGAGCUGAUGGCGUCUUGUUUCGAUAAGCUGCUCAAAAGAGUGGGAGCUCCGAUACCGGAGGCGAUAUUGGGGAAAGUCACUGUUGCGACGGUCAACGCGCUAUCAUACCUCAAGGACACACACGGAGUGAUACACCGAGACGUGAAGCCCAGUAACAUACUACUGGACGAGCGUGGUAAUGUGAAGCUAUGUGAUUUCGGUAUCAGUGGCCGACUGGUGGACUCGAAGGCGAAGACGAGGAGCGCCGGGUGCGCGGCGUAUAUGGCUCCAGAGAGAAUAGACCCGCCGGACCCGAGCCGGCCGGACUACGACAUACGCGCUGACGUGUGGUCGCUCGGCAUUUCACUUGUAGAGUUGGCAACGGGAGUGUUUCCAUACAGGGACUGCCAGAAUGACUUCGAAGUGCUGACCAGGGUAAUAGCGGAUGAUCCUCCACAGUUGCCUGAAGACAGUGAUUUCACACCGGAAUUCAAAUCGUUUGUCUCACAAUGCCUAACAAAAAACUACCGCCAGCGUCCCAAAUACGCGAAGCUCCUAGAACACCCGUUCGUAGUGAAGUCAGCUCGCAGCUCCAUAUCAGUGGGGGACUGGUAUGCAACAUUACCGUUCUGCAGCCAGGGCUCCAGUCAGGGCUCCGCCAAGGGCUCGAGCCUCUCUGUGAAUACUAACGGAGAUGUGCCCGUGACUCCGCAGCCAGUGAGGAACUUUGUGACCAGCUCGCAGCAUUGGAUGGAGCACACGCCUACUCCGGGACGAGCGUGGUGGGCGAACAACGCCAGUCCGGGAGGCAGUAGUUCGCAGCCGACUAGCUUAGAAGCUGAGUUAUCUAACCACUCCCCCUACCCAAGGAGAAGAACGAUAGACGCAUGUGCGUCUCCCCCUCCCGCGCCUGUACGACGAGUGUCCACUGACAAUAGAUGGAGGGCUUCGCCUACUAGUUCUGGCAACACGAGUCCCAUAGUUUUACAGCGUUUCUAUCACCAGAGCCAACAGAGACGGUCGCGGGUUGACUUACACGCAACGCCACGGCAUAGAAGUGUAAGUCGGGAACACAGCGCGGGAAGGUCUCCCGAGCCUCCGCCGCGGACAUCGCGACAUAGUCGGUCACAAGCCAACGGCAGUAUGGAAUUGGAACCGCCACCGCUACAUGAUAGACUGCAUCCACCUUCACCAUUACUUCUUAACGAUAGGUUACAAGAGGGUAGAAGUCAGAGUCUGACCCGUGCGGAGGUGCGCAACGGUUUCCGCGCGGAGCUGGCCGCGCCCGCGCAGCCCGUACCGCACAAACACCACCACGACGAUCAGGGCUGGCUGCACUCGCUGGCGGGGCUGGUGAAGCGCCGGCUCAGCGGGUACGUCAAGUGGCAUCACGUUGCAGCCAGGCGGGAGCGGCCCACGGUGCACCAUAAUCAUAGCAAGAGAUGGGGCACGAGCGAGAGCUGGUCGGUGCCGGCGUCCCCCCUCCCGCCGCGCGCACCGCCGCCGCACCCUGCCGACUAACAUACGCAGUACAAAUACUACCCGACACUACUACACACUACACUACUAUACACUACACUACUGCACGGUCCGAAAAUUCGACAAACUGCCCUCCAGACUUCGCCUUAACUACGCAGUUACGCACUACACAGUCUACACAAAAGAACGCUACACGGACGGACACUACGAGAAGUGCACGGAGCGACACAACAACACUAAAAAACCGACACUACAACACAGUACACCACACUGCGCGGAUCAAAGCUACUGGACACUUCAAGUUCCGGUAGUACGACACACUACACUACAUUAAAAUACACAGUACACUACACUAAAAAUAAUAACUCUACACGGACGAACACUAUAACACACUGGCUAACGAUCUUAUUCUAUCUAGCUAGCUGUCUUUUAUAUGGCAACCCGAAACUGUCAACUGUCACUUCAAUGGAUUGGACAUGGAUGACAAGACUAAUCUGAUGAUUGUUAAAGAGGCAGGUAUAGCUGCCAGAUUUUAGAAGACUUUUAUUUAAAAAUCAUUUAAAAUAAACACUAUAGAACACUGUAAUACACUUCUGACAUAAUUUUGUAACACAGAUGGCAAAUUAUAAGUAGAUUGCAAUCAGAUUAACGGUUACCAAAGUAACGUGAUGUAUGAAUUGUAACGGGCCGGACGCGGAUUUAUAAUAGGCAACAUGUUGGAUUUUUGGCGCGUAAUUUAAAAAAAUACAUUUGCACG